AUGAGCGAACGCGGCAUCAAAAACGUGCUGGUGGUGGGCACAGGGGUAAUCGGAAGCAGCUGGACCACACUUUUCCUCGCGAAAGGCCUCAAAGUCAUCGUAUCAGAUCCAGCUCCAGGCGCGAAGGAGAAGCUCGCAGAAUUCAUCAAGAGCGAGUGGCCCCGAAUGCAGCGAGUGGGCGCUGUAGAACACGCAAACCCAGACAGUUACCAAUUCGUGGAGGACAUCUCGACCGCAAGCCUCGAUGAUGUGGAUUUUGUCCAGGAAAAUGCGCCUGAAAGACCAGACUUCAAGACCAAGCUCAUGGGAAGCUUAGACUCGACAUUGAAGAAAGAUGUGGUCAUUGCCAGUUCCUCAAGCGGCAUUCCGUCGAGCAAAUUUAUUGGCGAAUGCAAGGUGGCUCCCGAAAGAGUCCUCAUCGGCCACCCUUUCAAUCCCCCGCACCUGAUACCUCUGGUCGAAGUGGUUCCGCAUCCCGAAACGAGCCAAGACGCUGUUGAGCGAGCAACAGAGUUCUACAAGUCUGUGGGCAAAGCUCCAGUUCUGAUCAAGAAGGAGACACCGGGUUUCCUGGCCAACCGGCUUCAAGCCGCGGUCCUCACAGAAGCAUAUAGCCUCGUAAGCAGAGGCAUUGCGAGCCCAGAAGAUGUUGACACUGCCAUCAGUACCGGUCCAGGUCUGAGGUGGGCACUCGCGGGGCCGUACACGACCAACAUACUAGCUGGAGGAGCGAGUGAUGACCCGUUCAAGCACUUCAUUGAUCAUCUUGGUCCUGCCGUGCAUGGCUGGAAGAAAGAUAUGGACGAGCAUAAAUUCGAGUUCCGCGAGGACGAGAUGAAGCAGUUAUCCGAGCAUGUCAGACCUUUCCAAGGGAAGCUUGACCGUGAAGGAGUCAGAUCGGACAUGGGCAAUGGAUUGGUCGAGCUGCUGGACAUGAAGAAAAACAAGAACAACCUGAUGUAG